GGCUGGAGGGAGACUGACAGGGAGGAAGACACUGGCCAGAUAGUAUCUGAGAUAAAGGUAUGCAUGAGCAGCAGCAGCAGCUCAGAGACACAGGACUGCAGAGAGGCUGCCACCAGGCCCAGACCACCAAGACCCAGACCCAGGCCUAGGUCCGGCCCCGGCCCCGGCUCCCCACACCCUCACCAGACAGAAUCCCGCCCGAAACAGGCCUACCAGACCCACACCUACCUGACAGAGGUCCAUACCUUCACAACACAGGUCCAGAACCACCAGCUAAAGGCCCAGAGUGACGUCCGACAGAACCAGAAGACAAAGACACAGAACUGCAGAGAAGGUGCCAUUAGGCCUAGACCCAGAUCUGGCCCCAACACAACACACCCUCACCCUCCCCAGACCCCGGCCUUAAUGCAGCACACUCAGGCCCACCAGACCCAGACCCAGACCCAGUAUCGACAGGCCCAGCCCACACAGGCCCAGACGACACAGGCCCAGACGCACAAGAGACAAGCACCCUCCCACCCGACACAGGCCCACCCGACACAGGCCCACCCAACACAGGCCCAGCCUCAUCAGACCCAGACCCAGACCCAGUAUCGACAGGCCCAGCCGACACAGGCCCAGACGCACAAGAGACAAGCACCCACCCGCCCAACACAGGCCCAGCCUCAUCAGACCCAGACCCAGCAGCACCACAGAGAGAGUCCCGUCAACCCCAACCACAGCCCUACCUCUGACAGCCCUAGGCCCACCUCUGACAGCCCUAGGCCCACCUCUGACAGCCCUAGGCCCACCUCUGCCUCCCCUCCCAGCCACAAGGCCCAGACACAGGACCACACUCCCCACACCCGACAGACCCGACAGACCCAGCAGCAUUGCAGAGAGACCACCACCAGUCGGAGCCCCAGGCCUCCCUCUCCUCCCUUCCAGGAGAGCCGCCAGGCCCACACCCAGAACCAGAACCAGACCCGACAGACCCAGCAGCCUCGCAGAGACAGCACCACCAGCCCCAGCCCAAGGCCCACUUCUGACUCCUCAUCCAGCCUGGAGAAACAUCCUAGGGCUGUAAAACCAUCACCAUUACCAUCACCAUCUCCACCAGCUUCACACCACAACGCAGAGCCACAGAGAGAGUCCCCAGAGGAGAGACAGACACGGACACAGACACACAAACAGAUGCCUCAAGACGUCUCGGAGCAGCAGCCUAGCAGGCCUCACUGCCCAGAGCCCCGGGCCCCAGAGGGGGACAGGAACAACACACCUCCGCCUGAACCAACAAAGAACAACGCCUCGUUCCCCAGCUUCGUGGAUGUCCCAGGUCCGUGUGAGCCCGAGGACCUGAUCGAUGGGAUUAUCUUUGCUGCUAACUACCUGGGUUCCACCCAGCUGCUGUCUGACAAGAACCCAUCUAAAGGAAUACGCAUGACCCAGGCACAGGAGGCUGUCAGUCAGGUCAAGAGCCAAGAUGAAGACUCUCAAAUGGUGACAGAAGUGGACCUCUUCAUCUCCACCAAGGCAGUCAAAAUGCUGAAUGCUGACUCACAGGAGACGCUGAUGGACAGUGCGUUGCGUUCCAUCUCUUACAUCGCAGACAUCGGGAGCAUCGUGGUUCUGAUGGCUCGUACCCAUAUGUCAGGCACGUCCUCGCAGGACUGUACUGAAGCUGAUCUCUCCUCCUCAGAGGGACAGAGACAGUACAGAAUGAUCUGCUAUGUCUUCGAGUCAGAGGACGCCCAGCUCAUUGCCCAGUCCAUCGGCCAGGCAUUCAGCGUCGCCUACAGGGAGUUCCUCCGAGCCAAUGGGAUCAACCCUAAGGACCUGAGUCAGAAGCAAUACAGCGACAUCAUCAAUUCCCAGGAGAUGUACAACGACGACCUGGUCCAUUUCUCAAACUCUGACAACUGUAAAGAGCUGGAGUUGGAGAAGCAGAGGGGUGAGAGCCUGGGUGUAGUGAUAGUGGAGUCUGGCUGGGGCUCCAUCCUGCCCACGGUGAUCCUGGCUAACAUGUUGAACAGCGGCCCGGCUGCCCGCUCUGGGAAACUCAGCGUCGGGGACCAGAUCAUGUCCAUUAACAACACCAGCCUGGUGGGCCUACCGUUAGCUACCUGCCAGGGUAUCAUCAAGGGUCUGAAGAGCCAGGUCCAGGUGAAGCUGAGUAUCGUGUGUUGUCCUCCUGUAACCACCGUCCUCAUCAAGAGACCUGACCUCAAGUUCCAGCUGGGCUUCAGUGUUCAGAAUGGCAUCAUCUGCAGUCUGAUGCGCGGCGGGAUCGCAGAGCGAGGAGGGGUGCGAGUCGGCCACAGGAUCAUUGAGAUCAAUGGGCAGAGUGUUGUUGCCAUGCCGCAUGAGAAGAUAGUCCAGACCCUGUCUGUAUCAGUGGGAGAGAUCAACAUGAAGACCAUGCCUGCGGUGAUGUUCAGACUGUUAACAGGGCAGGAGAUUCCUGUCUACAUUUAGUCUUGCCAUGUCUGUGUCCCAAAUUGCACCCUAUUCCCUAUGUAGGGCACUACUUUAGACCAGGACCAAUAGGGUUCUGGCUCAAAUGUAGUGCACUAUAUAGAGAAUAGGGUGUAAUUUAGGACUGAGCCUUUAUCUGCAUCUCUUUCUGUGUACUCGCUCACUGCUUCUGCAUGUCUAGGAGAAGUUGAACAGACAGGAUGAGGGUGACAGGCAGCGGAGGCUGGUAUUCCAGUCAUUCAAAUGAGCCUUCCCUCAGAUUUUACAGUGACACCAGCCUCCGCUGGUGACAGGGUGAUACAUUAGCAACAUGCUUUUUUUUUUUUGAUAUCACAUUAUUUUCCUGUUACUCAACUUCUAGAACUACACGGUCAUAAUGGUUUGAAAUGUACAUAACAUAAAUCUGUCCAUAGUGUGUGUGUGUGUGUUACGAACCCCGUGGCAAAAACACAAAAACACACACAGGAUACCUAUAUCCGUAACAGUGUGUGUACUGUAAACUGUUAUAUCACAUUAUUUUCCUGUUACUCUGCUGAAAGGGAUUGCCCAUUCUCAACUUCUAGAACUACACGGUCAUAAUGGUUUGAAAUGUUCAUAACAUAAAGCUGUCCACAGUGUGUGUGCUGUAAAAGUACUGCACGUGCAAGGUCAUGAUCGUUUUCUUACGACAGAUUACAUGACACAGCACAUUUGAUUUUCAAUCGAUUCCUUUUUUUUAUUUUUAUUUUUUUAUAACAUGCAAGGUUAUGAGAAGUAGUUGUACCUGUAAAUCGUUCGCUGAAAAUGCCAUAAACGUGUUUACACUGUAACGUCACCUUAUUGUUGGGAA